GCCAGUUUUGUCCACUAUUGUAAAGUUGUAAAUACACUCUAUUUAAUAAAUAUAAUAAAGAAUUUUAUGCUUUACGAAUUUAUAAAAACAGACUCGUUGGUAGCCAAAAUAAAUACAGUCAAAGAGAUAAAUAAAAUGUCAUAUAAUGUGUUAAAACCCGAACUAGUGUGGAUUGACGGGAGGUGCUACAGAAACACUGAUACAUUUGUCGAUAUAAAUACCUUCCAGGAACACGAUUUAUAUGAAAACGAUACUGUUUACAAAGACAGUGAUGAGAAUGAUGAAAAUGACAAUAUCGAAGUAGUGGAGCUUGAUGAUUCUAGAUAUAGUACAAGUUUUCAUGUUUCCAAACAUUACCUUGGUUCAAUUAUUGGGAGGAAAGGGUAUACAAAAAGCAGAAUUGAACAUGAAACUAAGACAGAAAUCAGAAUACCAAGGCAAGGAAAAGAAGGAGAUAUUACUAUUCUGGGACCCAGUGCUACUAGUGUGAAGACUGCCAGACGGCGAAUCAAUAUGAUAGUGAUGUCAUCCCGUAUGAAACAGAAGCCUACACAUUUCAUAUCAAUACCCAUGAAUAAGGCAGAUAUUGUGAACAGAUUCAUACAAUUUAAGGAACUAGUCCUCCGCGAGUGCCCAAACCGCGGGAUAGAGGAAUCCGUCUUUAUCCAGCCUAACAAAGUUCAUUUGACGAUGGGAGUUAUGUGCUUGAUGGAUAGUGAAGAGAGGACUUUUGCUUCCAAACUUUUGACGGAAGCCAAGGAGAAAGUCAUUAUGCCCCUCCUACAAGGACACUUGCCUUUAAAAAUCAAAGUAAGAGGUUUAUCCUACAUGAACGAUGACCCUAAAGAUAUAAAUGUUCUGUAUGCGAAUGUUGAAGAAGAGUCUAGUUCUGGCGUCCUUCAACAGCUGGCUAAUGAAGUGAUGGCGUACUUCAGUCGAGAAGGUUUCAUGAAGAAAGAAGAGUGGGAUCCUGUUAAUGUCAAACUACACGUGACAUUGCUCAAUUCCAAGUACAGAAAUGAAUCUUCUCAAGAAGGUUCUUCAAGGAAAAGAGAAUCCUUCGAUGGGUCGCAGAUUCUUAGUAAAUUUGGUGAUUACGAAUUCGGUGUGAUGGAGUUGAGUGAGAUACAUUUAUCGCAACGACAUGCUCUUGGUCCUGAUGGGUAUUAUCAGCCCACUUUUGUUAUAUCUAUACCAUAUAAGAAGAUAUUCAAUAGGAAAUGCCGACUUUUGAAAAAUGUCCACCCUCGAACUUCUGAAGUACAGCAUGUCGAAAUGGACGGCGACCACGAGAACAGUGAUCUCGAUGAAGACACAGAAAUUACGCAACUUGAUGACUCUCGAUACAGCACAAGUUUUCAUGUUUCUAAGAAAUAUUUUGGAAUAAUAAUAGGAAAUGAACAACAGACGAAAGAUAAAAUUGAGCAAGACACCAAGACGGAACUGAAGAUUCCUGGAAAUGGCCAAGACGGAGAUAUCACUAUACUGGGACCAACUGCUGCAAACGUGAAAGCAGCAAGACGGCUAAUCAACAAGAUAGUUGUGUCGGCACGCAUGAAACAGAGUCCUACGCAUUUCAUAUCAAUACCUAUGAAUGUGCCGGAAAUCAUGGAUAAUUUUACUCGAUUUCAGGAAGCUGUCCUUCGCGACUGUCAAAACCGCGGGUUACACGAAUCUAUCUUUAUUAAGCCCAGUAAAAUACACCUUACUGUGGGAGUGACAUGUUUAACGGAUAGCCAGGAAAGGGCUUUUGCUUCCACCGUCCUUACAGAGGCUAAGGAGAAAGUUAUAAUUCCACUGCUUCAAGAUCAUUUGCCUUUAAAAAUCCGAAUUAAGGGCCUAUCCUACAUGGGCAACAAUUCUGGAAAUAUAAACGUCCUUUAUGCCAAAGUUGAAGAACACGAGUCAACACCCGGUAUCGUCCAGCAGUUGGCUGACAAAAUCGUGGAUUUUUACAGCAGGAAAGGUUUGAUGAAUAAAAAUGAAUUUGGCCGAGACAGUGUUAAAUUGCAUGUAACGCUCUUAAACACCAAGUAUAGGAAAUCAUCGCCAAACGGAGGACGCCGAAGAAGAAACAAGCGGAUUCCUUUCGACGGAGCAGACAUACUUGAUAAGUUCGGCGACUUCGAAUUCGGUGUGUUAGAAGUCACUGAAAUUCAUUUGUCUCAAAGAACUUCAUUUGGGCCCGAUGGGUAUUAUGAACCUACUUUUAAAAUAUCUAUUCCUUAACACAUUUUGACGUUUUGACCUAUCAUAUGAUAUGAUAUGUAUGUGUUGUGGAGAUGUUUUUUUGAUGAUGAGUUUUUAAUUAACUGGCAAUGGUGCAAUAUAUUUUUUAUUGAGUGUUUUAUGGGAAUGGGAUUACAUCACC